AUGGCGUCUGUGCAAGCACCACCCGGUGUCCAGCACCCAGGGGGCCCUAUGCCUGCUGGCGCAACCAAGCAGCAGGCAGAAGAAGUAUUCCGGAAACUUAAGCAGAUGAAGGAACAGGGCGUCCCCCCAUCCGACCCCGAAUAUAUCAAAGCACACCAGUUCCUUGCGAGCUUUCAACAACAACACAACAUGCGACGCAACCAGCAGCAGAUGAUGCAGCAACAACAGCAGCAGCAUCAGCAGCAGCAUCAGCAGCAGCAUCAGCAGCAGCAGCAGCAGCAUCAGCAGCAGCACCAGCAGAUGCAAGCUAUGCCAAACGGUGCUGCUAAUGGCGCCCAGGCUCAGCGCUCCCAGCAAGGGACACCGCAGCCCGGGCAGCCAGGCCCUCAGGCCCAAGGCGCUGCUGUUGCGCCGGCUCAAAACUCCGUGGCCACGCCGACUGCUGGCGUGUCACCAGCCGCCGGUGCCUCGAAUCUUUUCAGUCAGCAGCAACUUGCUCUCCUCAGACAGCAAAUUCACGCCUUCAAGCUGCUAGGCAAGAACGCUGGCGUUUCCCUGCAGCUACAACAAGCCAUCUUCAACCAACGUAUGCGCCGCCAAACCACCAUCGCCAAUUCUCCGGUGUCUACACCAAACAAGGUCCCUACUGUCGAAGGAGGUAAAGAUGUACCCAAUGGUGCUGAUGUCGCUGCCUCAGAUGAGGCGAACCAGCUGCCGAAGCAGCACAUCUAUAAGGCGCUCAAAUCUCCGUACGGCACCAACAUGGUUCGCCCAUCCAUCAACUACUUCGAUCACACGCAGCGCAAGAACCGUUGGUUCAUCCCCGGCAUCUUCCCCACCGGUAUCGAUGCCGAGCAUCUGCGAUACGAGAAAGAGGUUGUUGUGUUCAACCGCAUGAGCCAGCGUUACGCUGAGCUGAAGAAUACCCCCGCCAACAUUGCCCACAUCGACGUCACCGACGAUGACCUUGAGGUCCAUGAUGAUCUCAAGAGACGGGCCAUCAUUGAGAUGAAGAAGCUUGCUUUGUAUUCUAAACAGCGCGCACUCCGUGAGAAGGUUGGCCGUCAGAUGCUGCACUAUGACAACCUGGCAAUGACGACAAACCGUUCCAACUAUCGUCGCAUGAAGAAGCAGAACGUUCGCGAGGCGCGCAUUACUGAAAAGUUGGAGAAGCAGCAGCGUGAUGCUCGUGAGAAUCGCGAGAAGAAGAAGCACUCUGACUUCUUGCGUGCCGUUUACAACCGACGCGCUGAAAUUCACGAGACCGCCAAUGCUCAGCGCACUAAAUUCCACAAGCUCAGCCGUCUUAUGUACUCUCAGCACUUCAACAUCGAGAAGGAAGAACAGAAGCGCGUCGAACGUACCGCCAAGCAGCGUCUGCAGGCUCUCAAGGCCAACGACGAAGAAGCCUACCUCAAACUACUCGACCAGGCCAAGGAUACCCGUAUCACACAUUUGCUGCGUCAAACCGAUGGUUUCCUGCACCAACUUGCCUCGUCUGUCAAGGCACAGCAAAGACAAGCUGCCGAGCGUUACGGCGACGGCACCGAGAACUUUGUGGCCGAAGAAUCCGAAUCCGAGCCGGACGAGGAGGAUGAAGAGACUGGCGGCAAGAAGAUCGACUACUAUGCUGUUGCCCACAAGAUUCGUGAAGAAGUUACUGAGCAGGCCAACAUGCUCGUUGGUGGCAAACUCAAGGAGUAUCAGGUCAAGGGCCUUCAGUGGAUGAUAUCGCUCUACAACAAUAACCUGAAUGGUAUCCUCGCAGACGAAAUGGGUCUCGGAAAGACGAUUCAGACCAUUAGUCUGAUUACCUAUCUCAUUGAGCGCAAGCAACAGACCGGGCCAUAUCUCGUCAUUGUCCCUCUGAGUACCCUCACUAACUGGAACCUCGAGUUCGAGAAAUGGGCACCCAGCAUCAGCCGCAUUGUCUACAAAGGCCCUCCCAACACUCGUAAGCUGCAGCAAGAAAAGAUUCGCCAGGGGCGUUUCCAAGUGCUUCUGACUACCUACGAAUACAUCAUCAAAGACAGACCAGUUCUAAGCAAGAUCAAGUGGUUCCACAUGAUUAUCGAUGAAGGUCAUCGUAUGAAGAACAGCAAUUCCAAGCUGAGCGCGACCAUUCAGCAAUACUACAACACCCGUUUCCGCCUCAUUCUUACCGGUACCCCGCUACAAAACAACCUAUCAGAACUGUGGGCCAUGCUCAACUUCGUUCUGCCAAACAUUUUCAAAUCUGCCACGACAUUCGAUGAAUGGUUCAAUACUCCCUUUGCCAAUACUGGUGGACAGGACAAGAUCGAGCUCACAGAAGAAGAGCAGAUUCUUGUCAUUCGCCGCCUACACAAGGUUCUGCGACCAUUCCUUCUGCGCCGUCUGAAGAAGGAUGUCGAAAAGGAUCUUCCGGACAAGACCGAGAAGGUCAUCAAGUGCAAGUUCUCUGCCCUUCAGUCCAAGCUCUACAAGCAAAUGGUCACCCACAAUAAGAUUGCCGUCAGCGAUAGCAAGAGUGGCAAGGCCGGUGCCCGUGGCCUCAGCAACAUGAUCAUGCAGUUGCGCAAACUUUGCAACCAUCCCUUCGUUUUCGACGAGGUUGAAAAUGUCAUGAACCCUUUGAGCAUUAGUAAUGACAUUCUGUGGCGAACGGCAGGCAAAUUUGAGCUUCUGGACCGAAUCUUGCCAAAGUACCACGCAACCGGCCAUCGCGUGCUCAUGUUCUUCCAAAUGACGGCCAUUAUGGAUAUCAUGGAGGAUUAUCUUCGUUACCGUCGCAUGGAAUAUCUCCGUCUCGACGGUACUACCAAAUCUGACGAGCGUUCGGACCUGCUGCGAGAUUUCAACGCCCCUGAUUCCCCAUACUUCAUGUUUCUGCUUUCCACCCGUGCCGGUGGUCUUGGUCUGAACCUGCAGACUGCCGAUACUGUCAUCAUCUACGACUCUGAUUGGAAUCCUCACCAGGAUUUGCAGGCUCAGGAUCGUGCUCAUCGUAUCGGUCAGAAAAACGAAGUCAGAAUUCUGCGUUUGAUCAGUUCCAACUCGGUUGAAGAGAAAAUUCUUGAACGUGCUCGCUUCAAGCUGGACAUGGAUGGCAAGGUCAUUCAGGCUGGUCGUUUCGAUAACAAGUCCUCCGAAACGGAUCGAGACGCUAUGCUUCGAACUUUGCUGGAGACUGCUGAUAUGGCAGAGUCUGGCGAGCAAGAAGAGAUGGAAGACGAGGAGUUGAAUAUGCUAUUGGCACGUAGCGAUGACGAGAUAAUCAAGUUCCAGGCCAUCGACGAGGAACGCGCAAAGGACCCCACGUACGGGCCCAAGGGCAAGUCCAGACUGAUGGGCGAAGACGAGCUGCCUCUCAUCUACCUCAACGAAGGCAACCCUGUUCCUGAUGAGCCAGAAGAUCUCAUUCUUGGUCGUGGUGCCCGCGAGCGCACCAAGGUCAAGUACGACGAUGGUCUCACCGAGGAGCAGUGGCUCAUGGCGGUUGAUGAUGACGAAGAUUCGCCAGAGGCGGCGGCACAACGCAAGCAAGCUCGCAAAGACAGGCGCGAGACAAACAGAAUGAAGAAGGGGGGCUUGGACGACUCUCCUGCCGCUAGCCGCGCCAGCACAGAAGAGAUUGAGACACCCAAGAAGCGUGGCCGCAAGCCGGGCAGCAAAAAUGAGAAGCGCAAGGCUGAGGAUGGAGAUGAUGAACCGCCAACUAAGAAACGCCGUGGCCCUCAAGGGCGGCCUAGCAAGGGUGGUGCGAACGAGUCUCGCUUGAAUCCCCAACAGCGUGAGCUCCUGCAAAAGAGCCUACGAUCUCUGUACGACGCUUUGAUGACCCUUGAAGUCGACGAUAUUGAGCCGCCUGCCGAGGACGACGAGUCUGACGCUGGCAAACGCCUCAUCAUUGGACCCUUUAUCAAGCUGCCACCUAAGCGGGACUACGCCGAUUACUACCUCAUCAUCACCAACCCCAUUUGCAUGAACCAGAUUCAAACGCGCAUCAAGAAGGAGGAGUACAACUCUCUGAGCGACAUGAGGAAGGACUUUGACUUGAUGAUUCGCAACUGUCAAACGUACAAUGAAGACGGCAGUAUUCUGUACCAGGAUGCAAAGACAAUGAAUGAGUUCUUCACGACAAAAUGCCAGGAGCUAAUGGAUGCCAACCCUGGAUUACAGGAGCUGGAAGAGGGCGGAAAAGCGAGUUCAGUUGCCCCGUCUGCUGCCGAGAGCACACCGCAGCCAAGCGGCACUCGUAUCAAGAUCAUCACGAGCAGCGCGCGGGAGGCCAACGGGGCGCGAUCCGCUGGACAGAGUGAGGGCGAGUAA